AUGCCUGCCCCAUCCCCCAUCGAGGACCACUCGUUCAACAUCAUGGGCGCCCACCUCCCUCGCAUGUCCAACCUCAUCCACUCGCUCUGCCACGGCGACCGCCUGGGACGCAACGAGGACAUGCCGUGCAUCGCCUGGAAGGACGACAUGGCCGACAAGGUCUGGAAGUGCUGGUACUGCCUGCAGCGAUGCUCCCCUUAG